GACGCAGCGCGGGGGCGCGCCGCGCACGGGAACAUCCAGUUCAGCAUCUCUCCAUCUUUCCAAGGACAGACAGCGGACUGCCUCUAUUCACAGAGGGGAAAUGUUACAGCGCUGCCGCCGGGAGUAGAAAUGUAAGAGCUGGAAAGGAGCAACACGGCGGACCGAAGCGUUUGUCCUCAGGUCAGUGAUGACAACACCAAAGUACAAUCUGAAAACACCCAGAUCAUAACCGUAUCACCAUGGCAACGGGAAGAAAAGGCUCCACAUCCAAAGCAGGCGGCGUUCGUUUCCCUGACGAUGACGAACCUCCAGGUUCUCCGACCCGCAGGGACGACCAGUCCAACCUCUCCACCCUCGUUGCUGUCCAAGAGAAAGAUGGCAGCUACUUGGUUAAGGCCGGUUUCCUUAAGAGCCACCACUGCUAUGAGAUUGUCUUCACUGUCCCAGAUGUGCCCAGUCUGGGCAAGGAGCUCACCUGUCUCCCUUCCGUCUCUCCGACUCGACGGGCCCAGAACCUCCGGAUCCAACGCAUUAACUCCAUGCUGGAAGGAGGAGUGAAGGUGACCUGUGAGUACAGGACUCACCAGGAAGGCGUUGUCCAGGAGGAGAUGACUGUGGCGGCUAAAGGACGAAAAGGCAGCAGCUUGAAGAUCAGACUCCAGGCCAAAAUAAUUGACCCUCACCAUGGGACCCCCAUGCUGCUGGAGGGGGUUCGGUGCCUGGGGGCCCAGAGGGACCCCCACGCCAGGCGCAGCAGUGAGCGGAAGAGGAUAUGAUGAACAGACUCAAAGCCACUAUCUUUAUACAUGAAGAUGUAAUAAUUAUUAUGUUACAGGGUCAAGGCUCACAGUGGGCUGCAGAAAUGGCCUCAUGUGUGUCCCUGUUUACAACCAUCAUGGAUUUGUGAUGCUGUUAAAGUAUUUAUUGAAACGGUGGGAAUGAUGCAGCAUGUUGAAUUUCCACUGUAAUUAUGCUGGAUUAUGGCUCUAAUAUACAGAUAAAAUGUUUAAGUACUGACUUCUCUGCUGUGAAAAAGAUGAGCUAGUUACACUCUGCACUUUCUUUGGUUUUAAGCCAAGAAGCCUCCAUGCUGGAGAGGGUAUAAAACCAGCAUGAACAGUAGCCAGCGUACGAUCUAUCACCCAAACCUGCACUCACUGCCAGAC